AUGAAAAUCGAGUCUCUCUUGAAUCCGUCCGUGGAUAAGGGGAACUACACAGGCUCUUCACAAUCGCAACACAAGCUCAUGCUAUCUUCGUUGCCCAGUCAGAGCUGCAAGAAUACUUUGGGGUACACUAUCGCUCCAAUGAAGAUCUGGUGCGGUCAAUAUCUCCGAGCUCAACACACCAGCCAGAGGACAAUCUCGGCGGUGCCUGCAAACUUGCACACGAGCGGUGCCAGCAGAAACAGCUUGCAAUUGCAUUAUCAUAACCACAGCCAAUUUAUCUUGUACCGUCCACCAGACUUGGCAAGCUUUUCACAAAAGCUUUCCCAGAGGCACAGAUUCCAUUACAGUACUUCGAGGACCGACAGCGCAGAUCUCCGGCGAUCGCCACGGCCCAAGUACGAAGAAGAAGAAAUGGAUUUCAUCUGGUACCACCGUGUUGACCUGUGCCAACAAUGGAAGAAGGUCCACGAGAGCUUCAAUUACCAAUUCCCCACUCGUCAGCGCCUUGGUUUCCAGGGUCUGCAGUCCAAGUUUUAUCGCUUCAUCAAGCAGAAGAAAUGCCCUACUCCCAGGGAGCUGCGCCGCACGCGUGACUGCGCCACAUUUGACUCCAGGUCUUAUUCUCCGCAAUUUGGUGUAGCCGAAUGGGCUGCUCCUGGUUGA